GGGGCUGCUGCGUGCGGGGAAACUGAGGUACGACUGCCGAAGAGCCUCCUGGACGGGGUAGGAAGAGGUAGGAGGAGAACGAGGAGUAGGAGGGCGGCAUCGGCCGCGCCCGCCCGGGGCUGAGCCCAGCCCGUCCCCCGGGGCGGAGCCGGGGGAGCAGCGCCGGGGACGACGACGGAGCCCGGGGCAGCCCCGGCCCGACGCCGGGAUGAGCUUCCCGCGGCCCCUGCGCCGCUCCGUCAGCCUCAGCCCGGCCCGCACCCUGCGCCUCGUCGUGCUGGGGCAGAGCGCCGUGGGCAAGACAGCAUUGACCGUACGAUUCAUCACCAGGAGAUUCAUUGGAGAUUACGAUCCAACUCUAGAAAUGAUCUACAGGCACGUGGCUGUCAUUGACGGGGAGAUGGUGCACUUUGAGAUCCUCGACACGGCAGGACAGGAGGAGGACUCACUGCAGAUCGAGGAGAAGAUCAAGUGGGGCGAUGGCUUUGCCGUGGUGUACUCGGUGACCGACCGGUGCAGCUUCGACGAGGUGAUGCGGCUCUGCUUCCUCAUCAACCACCUCCACUCCAGCCCCAAGCGCAGCGGCGGUGCUGAGCAGCCCCCCGUCGUCAUCGUGGGCAACAAGAAGGACCUGCAGUUUGACAGGAUGGUCUCCACAGAGGAUGGUGAGAACCUCUCCAAAACCCUGAAGCUUCCUUUCUUUGAGAUCUCCACGCGGGACAGCUACGAGGAGCCGGUGGCCGUGUUCAGCAGCCUCUACCAGGAGCUGCUGAGGCAGGGGCACUUCUCCCCGGGCUCCUUCAAGAGGAGGACAGUGUCCAAGCUGAUGGAGAAGAUUCCCAAGAUGCAGGCCAGCUCCACCCUGAACUCUGUGGGCCGGAGCCUCAGCUUUAACUCCUUCAGGGACUACAUCCCUGAGUGAGUGUCCUGGUUCCAGGAAGGCAGAACGGCUCGUCCUGCUGCUCCAGCCCCAGGGCUGGGGGCGGCUGGUGGGGCUGUGCCGGCUCCUCAAAGGGGAAGGUGGAGAGUGGGGAGGGUGGGAUUGGGAUACAAGAGCCCAUAGGUUCUUACAAACAGCCUUUGUGCCAGCAGGGAAGAUGUUCUCCAUCCCCAUGACCCCUUUGUUCCCUUUUCCUCCUCCUGCAUGGCUGCAAUCAGCAGCAUCUUGGCCCAUGGUGACUUCAGGGACGUUGGGCCAACCUUUAGGGGCUCAGCUGUGUUUUGACAGGGCUCAGACCCAGCACAUGUACAUCCAGGGGGGCUUUCCUUACUCCCCUAAGCUGGUUGUGUCUGGCUGUGCCCCAAAUCCAGCCCCCACAAUGGGUGGCCCUGAUGGCUGCGCUGGCUCCUGGAAUGCCACCGGCUGUCCCUGCCCUGGGGAUGGACCCUGCUGCCUCUGCUGCCCACAGUGGCUGGUGAGUAAAACCCCCUGGAUUGUCAAACCCUUCCAGCCCAUCCAGCUGCUCUGGGGGUGAUCCCUGCCCACACCAUCCCCUAAGUGCCCCCAGACCCUCUCACUGUGUGGAAGAAGGUGACAGGGAGCUGUGUCUCUCUCUGCCUCCACUGCUGUACCCCCAAAGAACCAGGCCAGCUGGUUUGCCCAUCUCCAGCCCCUGUCAGAGCCCAGGGCCGAACUUCCAUUCCCAGUUUUCCUCUGGAUCUGUGAACUGAAGCGGUUGUGGAGGGGCUGCAGGAGCCCCUGUCCCGACCAGCUGCACACAGCUGGAACCCAGGGCACGUUACAGCAAACAGGGAUCUGUUUACAGCGGGGGGAAAGCCUGUUAAUCCCUGGCUUUUCCAAAAAGCCAUUUUUUAACAUUUCAGGCCCCUUGGCUCUCUCUCCUCUAGUGAGACUGUAAAUAAACCCUGGAAGAAGGGCAGCAGAUGCUCCAUCCCUGCUGAAUCCACCACCUGCUCCCUGCUUUCCAAGGUUUCAUGUCUGACAUCUCCACCUGGCUGGGGCAGCCCAUCCCCAGGGCAGGCAAAUUGAACUGCCCAGAUUUCGGAGAAACACUGAGCCCAUAGGCUCAGAUCCCCCUUCUCCAUCCCAGAAGAACAGCAUUCCCAGGGGCAGCUUCUCCCGUUGAUGCCCUGCCACUCAGCUGCAAGGACACAACGGAGCCAAUUCCAGGAGGUACAAAUGCUGCUGCUUGCAGGGGCCUCUGUGCCUGCUCAUUAAUUUCCCCAUUCCCGAAAGGAGAAUCACCAUGGGCUGAGAAUUUUUUCUGUUUGCACAGGGAUGGGGCAGGAAACAUAUGGGAAGGAGCCAGGUCACAUCUCACCUUUCCCUCCCUCCCUUCCUCCCUUCUAGUGCUGGGGGCUCUGUGGCUGUUCAGGGUGGCUGUGCUAGGACCUUGUGGUGUGACCCUCCCCUUGUUGUGACUGACCCCAUCAUCUGUUGCUGUGUCCCGUGACAAUAAAAGCUGAG